AUGUCCAACCUCUCCCUCUCCCCCUCCGAAAUCCGCCUCGCAACCGCAACCCUCGCCUGCAUCGCCGCUCUCCUCCCAACCAUCUACCUCCUCCGCAGCUCCAACAAACCCCCGCGCGACUCAACACCGCACAUGCGCACCUUCCGCAAAUUCAUCGCCGCCUACCCCACCCUGCGCCCGCAAGCCCUCGCCGCCCACGCCUCCGCCGACUUCACCCACACCGUGCUCCCAUCCUCGCUCAAUCUCCCCUCGCGCGGUCUCGAGCCCUUCCAGCAGCACGCCGCGAUGAUAUUCUCCCUGUUUUCGGACUUCAGCAUGGUGCCGCAGCCUGAGGGCUCGCCGCGCGCGGUGCAUUUUUGCGCGGAUACGGGCACGGUUGUUGCGCAUUGUAGGAUGGGUGGGAGGGUUGAUACGGCGAGCGAGAAGGGGAGGGUGUUAGUGGAAGGCGGGGUGCUGGAGUGGUGGACGGAGUGUGUGCUUUUUGUGCGGAUGAGUGGGGAUGGGGGGAGCGUUGUGGAGGUUAGGGAGUUUGUGGAUAGUGGGAGGGCGGGGGAGUUAAAGGGGAGGUUGAGCGGGGUGUUGGGGUAGGUGGAGGGAUUGGGAUCUAUCUCGCGUGUAUGUUGUGCGUCCCACAGGGCGCAGUCACUUUCUAGCCUGGAGACUUCCCCAUCGCAGAGAACUGGUCGCGUGGUAAUAGAAUACUUUCAAG